AUGUGUCUACGCAAGAAUCAUCGUCGUAGGGAAGCUAGGGCGUCUAUGCUUGACCCAAUGGUUCACACUAAAAAUCCAGCUAAACUUCGAAGCAACAAUAUUGUAUCCUCGACUCCAGUAUCACUACUUUCUGAGAAUCAGCUGUCUGAUGCUUCAGAAAACAUAAGCCUAUCGCUUCCUGUGCUAUCCGAAGAUGUCCUCAAAACAUCUGACAUACCUUUAGCAACCUGUUCAUCUUCUAACAACCAUGUCUGCUGUGAUGUUAUAAAUGGACCGAGUAAUGGAGUUGAGACAGAGAUGCCAGCUCAGUUAGCAAAACUGUACACUGCUAAUACUCCUGAAGCAAUCGAAUUUGGCCAAUGUAUUAGAAGCUAUAAUAAUAUGUUCGCAUUCACGUCUCUGGGAGUUCAUUCUGAUAAAGAGUUGAAUAAGAGAGACAGAGGAAUCUAUGCAUUCAGAGUACAGGGCCAAAUGUACCAUUUUCUCAAUCCCCUGGUUCCAAUGGACGACCACAAACCAUCAAAUGUACAGUUAUACUAUUUUGAUACUGAGCAUGAAAUUGCGAAUCGGAUGGCCAUUUCUAAUAAAUUUCGAGAAACUAUUCUGGAACAGCUGCAGCAAAUUCUGGAUCACAAUCCCUAUGCUGUAUUUUUUCGCAGUUUAAGAGGCUUUGAAGACAUUUAUAACCAUAAAAUUUUCUUAAACUCGCACCCUUCUCUAGACCAGCGUGUGUAUAACACUCCAACAAUCUCUCAAGUGGCUACCAUAUGGACAGAAAAUGACCUUAAUAUAGGAGAUUCUUCUCAGCAUAUACAGGUCUAUCCAAGGAGUGGUAGACCACAAAUCAUUAAAGACUACUUUGGAUAUUAUGACACGUUACAGUAUCCCUUAAUUUUUGCAAGAGGUGAGACUGGAUGGCAUGAAGGUAUACAAAGAAUUUUUAAAGAUCAGCAGUCUGUACAAGAUUCCUUGACAUGUCAGGGCCAUGAUAUCCAUAUAGGCCAUUGUUCUUCUGCAGAGGAAAUAAUUUCAGCUGAGAAUGCAGUUUUACAGAAAAGAAAGAAAAAAAGGAACACUGUCUGUCGUGAAUACUAUUGCUACAAGUUUCAAAUGUGCCAAAUUGACAAAUCCUUGUUAUUGCACUGUGGGAGACUCUUCCAGCAAUUCUGUAUCGAUACAUAUGUGAAGAUAGAAUCAGCAAGGCUGGAUUUUCAUCGAAAUAGGCAACGACAAAUCAGAACAGAUGUUUACCAAGGAAUUUUAGACAGCAUUGCAAAUGGAGAAACCUCUGCAUCAAACGUUAGUAAACGAAUAUAUUUGCCUGCUUCUUUUAUUGGAGGUCCUCGAGAUAUGAAACGAAUAUACAUGGACGCUAUGACCCUGGUUCAAAAGUAUGGAAAACCUGACAUAUUCUUAACAAUGACCUGUAAUCCAGCUUGGCCUGAGAUCAAGAAGCAUCUAUCUAAUGGCGAAGAAGCACACAACAGACCUGAUGUAACAUUAAGAGUAUUUCGCGCCAAACUAGAGAUGCUCAGAAAUGAUAUUAUCAAAAAAGGGCUUUUUGGCAAAGUUGCAACAUACACUUAUGUUAUAGAAUUUCAGAAAAGAGGCCUUCCACAUGCACAUUUUUUGAUAAUCCUUGCAAAUGGAUGCAAAUUGGACUCACCUGAAGCUUAUGAUCGAGUUAUAUCUGCAGAAUUACCGGAUCCAGCUUCUUUCCCUUACCUCCAUUCUAUUGUGGUUGCUCAUAUGUUGCAUGGACCAUGUGGAACAACUAAUAAAAACAGCCCAUGUAUGAAACAAAAUAGAAAAUGCAGAUUUGCCUAUCCAAAGGAGUUUGCUGAAUUCACAAGACAUAAUAAGGAUUCAUAUCCUCUUUACAUGCGCCGUCAUAAUGGAAACACUGUCACAGCUCAUCACUUCCAGUUUGACAAUCGUUGGGUUGUUUCCUACAAUCCAUACUUACUUGCCAAGUAUGAUUGUCACAUCAAUGUUGAAGUUUGUUCCACAAUUGAAGCUGUUAAAUAUAUUUACAAAUAUAUCUACAAAGGACACUCAAAGAUCCUGUAUCAGCUUAAUGAAGUAGAGAAUGAUGGAGCAAUUGACGAAAUAAAAAAUUUCCAAUCUGGACGUUGGAUAUGUGCACCUGAAGCAACAUGGCGAGUAUUUGCUUUCGACCUCAGUAACUUGAAUCCAUCUGUCAUGGCACUGCAGAUACAUUUAGAAGGAGAACAGUCAAUGGUUUUCAAUGAAGAUGAUAUUCUGGAGAGAGUUGCAGUGGAUGAACGAAUGUCACGAACUAUGCUGACAGAAUUUUUUUGGAUGAAUAGUGUAGAUGCACGUGCACAGGCCCUAAAAUGUCUUUAUAAAGAAUUUCCUCAGCAUUUUGUAUGGAAUGCAACUCACAGAAUAUGGGAACCGAGACAAAGAAGAAGCACAAUUGGAAGACUAACUACAGUGCAUCCAACUCAAGGUGAAAAGUACUACUUACGGAUGUUACUAAGGCAUGUCAAAGGGCCUAUGUCUUAUGAAAGUCUAAAACACAUUGGUUCACGAACAGCUUCAACUUUCAGAGAAGCUGCAGAAAUUCUAGGCUUAUUAAAGACUGAUGAUAGUGCAGAACAAUGUUUACUUGAAGUUAAAUUUGAACCAUACCUGUCUAAAGAUAUUUCUAGAGACAAGUCUUUAUCACCUGAGCAGACAAAACUAAAAGUUCUCCAGCUCAUUGACUCUCACCUGCAAUAUAUGGGCAAACAUCUUGCUGAUUUCAACAUAGCUGUCCUUGACACUAAUGCCUUUUCCAUUCAAAGAGACACACAAGAAAUAGAAGCCGAGCUCGACAUCAAAGUUUCUGCUGAAGACAUAGCAUUAGUUGCUCUUCUCAAUGAUCAUCAAUGA